GCCACAGCGACAGACCAGGUGGUUGGAUUCGGCUUUGUUGCCUUCAGCCGCCUCCCCUUCGUUUACUACACCCUCUGGAUCAUCGUGCUGCCCUUCAUUGACAGCGACCACGGGAUCCAUCAGUACUUCUUGCCGAGGGAGUAUGCGGUUAUCAUCCCCGUGGUGGCCGGGCUGCUGCUGCUUCUAUUUAUAGGCGUUUUUAUAAUGGUCGUGGUGUGGAAGAGCAGGAAACCUGCCAAGAAAUCGGACUGA